CAGAAAGACAUUUCGUUUCAUGCAAAGUCCUUGGGAGCAUCCAGGCCAGUGCAAAUGUGACUGCAGGAUGGGGAGUCUUAUCUGAACAAGGAGCUGUAUGGUACAUUGGAAGAUAUGGUGAACCAUUACAUUACAGAAAGUUGAAGUAAGCAUCUGUUUAUAAUUACAUAUACAUUUGUACUAUUGAUAUGGAGAACAGUACAGAGGAUUCUGCAGAUAAGCCUAAAAAUGACUUAACAGAGCAACAAUCAAAACUUCACAAAUCUUCUCUUCCAUUGACUGACAUUCCAGAGGACCCCACGGAGGAUAGAAACAGUCGAGAUCAGGAUCAUAACCUCGACGAAGAUGUCACGAAAGAUGAAAGUAAAAAUCUUAUAAAUUCAAAAAAUGUAAGGUCCAAGGGAGACAACCUUAAUACAAGUUCAGAGAUAAUAGCUAUAGAAUCAACCGAUAUAGAAAUGGAGCCUAUGCAUCUUCCUUCUUCAAAUAAUGAAAAUGAUGAGGAAUCAAGUGAGUUUAUUGGCAAGAAGAGCGGUCCGCAUGUUGUCUUAUUCUCUGUGAUUUGUAUCCCAGCAGCCUUCAUAGCAUCAAUGUGUGUAGCCUUCUACUAUGGAGCGUCAUCGUGGUACAAUCUCUAUAUCUACUUCAGUGAAGAAAAAUCAAUCUGGCACAAAGUAUCAAUUUGUCCUGUGCUUAUAUUGACAUUCCCAUUCACUGUGGGGUUGUCGUCCAUCGGUGUUGCGUUUUUUGCUGCGUUUGUCCAGCUUUCGUGGUUUUACCUGAGCUGGCAUGCGGAGUUCUUGGACUUCGAAAAAGGUUUUUACGGCUGGUUGUGCAAUAAGAUUGGUCUGCCACAAUGUUGUCCAUAUGAAUUGAUUAUUUUGAAUAAUGAAUCUGAGCUAGAGCCUAUGAGGACUGCAUUGUAAUUGGAAAUUGUAUUUCAAAAUUUACAACUUUGUAUUUAUGAUUUUUUUUACAUACAUACAUGUACAUCUUUAAAUCAUUACUGCUUGUUUAUAUAUAUACAUGUAAUCAGAGCUCCAACUGAUGAUAUUUUCUUGCCUUUUGAAAUUGUAUCAAGCUUUAAGAAAUAUAUCAAUUUUUGUGUGCCUACGAUGGAUGUCGGAAAGACACAUGGGCGUUGCUUUUCCAACCACGACGGCGGCAUCAACAAUGUUAAGGUUUUGCGUUUAGCUCUGUUUCUGACAAAACUACACCAACAAAACCUCGAUCAUAGAUGAAGCAUGGGUAGUGGAGCCUACUGCACUAA